AUGACGGAGACGAAGAUUGACGAAUACAAGCAAAACGCCACCAACGUUCGAGCGCUGGGAAGAAACAAAGUGCUGGUCUUCUUAAAGUGCUUCCAAACAGCCAAUAAGUUGCAAUCUGAUCAAGUGCUGCGCAAAAACAACUACAAGACCUACAUUCCUCGCAACUUCGUGUCGGUAGCAGGUGUCGUAGCUGGAGUUCCAACUGAUAUGAGCAUCGAUGAAAUCCAAGAGAACAUCUCAAGUCAAUACUCAAUUUUGGCCAUCAACCGACUGCAUCUGAUAAUCGUCUGCUCGUCCAUCAACUCACCGCAAACAAUUAGCGCAAUCAAUCAACUGAAGCAACUGCGAAGGACAAAGAUUCUGCUGCUCGACACGAUUGGUACGAUCUUCAACAGCAACAAUAAGCUGUACCAGAGCUUCGCCCGGAAUGGGACGCUGGCGUACGGGGAACCGAACCGUAACCUGCUGGUACUGACGAUUCUGACCGAACAUUUCAAACUCAUCCUUCAGCGGGAUCACGGAGUCGAUCUGGGUGACUAUCGGCAUAUCAGCGAGAGGCUGCUGAAAAUUCGUCUCAACGAUGCAGACGAUGAUGACGACGAAGGAGCAGUUAAUCGAACCAGCGGCGACGAUGGGUGGGGGGAAUUACAUGAAAAACGGAUAACCAGCUCCGGGCGAAGGCAAGCGCUGGAGUAUCUAAUAAAUUCAACCACCCUGACCUCAUCCGAGUGCGAUUUUAAUUAUCUGCUAAGCGACGGUAAUGGGUCGGACGAGCUGCAGACGCUGACCGUGGACCGUUCCCGCUGUCAAACACUACUCGACAGUUACUGUGAUCUCAACGACGACACAAAUUAUCUCAACUUAUCAUCGUUCGAUAAUGGCGGCGAAUACGUUAACGCAAGUGUUGUGCUUAAUGGCAGCGACUAUAUUGAGCAUAAAAUCCGAAAGGAUCGGCGAAAUAGAGAAAUCGAACAAUUUUGCGCUUUAUUAAACCUCGACAGAAAUCAUUUGGUGCUAUCAGACAAUCAAAAUUCGGAUCUCGUUGAUGUUGGUGCUUCCUUAUCUAGCAAACGGUUGAUUUUUAGUGAACACUUUUAUCUGUAUGAUUACAUCCUAGCGGUAGUGCACGACCAGCGCCAUACGCAUUCCCAUCAGUAUCGGAAGUUUCAGUUUGAUUUUAUAGUGUUUGACUUGAAGAAUAUCUCCAACCAUCGGACUACAAUAGUGUGGCGGCCGUUUUUGAUCCUACGACAGGAUCAGCUGGACCGGCAAAAGUUCAGUAUGCACCCGGUGCAGCCCGGUUACAGUGAUUGGAUCAUCGAAACGACCAUCGAGUCCAUCUGGAUCUGUGGCUUGCUGUGUUGGAGUGUGAUCGGACUCGCGGUGUUUCUGAUCGUAUCGAUCAUAUUCGCGAGCGUGGUGUUCAGCAUCGCCGUUAGAAAUUAUCUCUUGAAGAAUCGUCUCUCCAAAGGACCAAACAAAAUAGUACUAUCGCCAUCGGAUUUUGUGUUUCCCGUAGACAUGAGAAGGGUAACUAAGUCUAUUUCCCUCAAUUAUAAUCCAAUUUCAGGUUGGCUUAACGAGCCCACCCGCACGGCGCUGGUGUUUGAGCACUGCUCACGCGGAUCACUGCAGGAUGUACUGGUCAUGGACGAAAUCAAGCUCGACUGGUCCUUUCGCUUGAGCCUGCUGACCGACUUGGUACGUGGGAUGCGAUAUCUUCACGGGUCACCGAUUCGAGUCCAUGGUUCACUGUCGUCUCGAAACUGUGUGGUAGACGCUCGCUGGGUGCUAAAAAUCACCGACUACGGCAUGCAGAACUUUUACGAUGCCCAAGGCAUUGCCCCACCACCCAGAAGUGCUAAAGAUCUUCUCUGGACGGCACCGGAGGCGUUGCGGGGUACUAAAGGCUAUCCCAGAUACGGAACUCAACCGGCCGACGUGUACGCGUUCGGAAUUAUUAUGCAGGAGGUGGUGGUGCGUGGGGAGCCGUACUGUAUGCUGUCGCUCUCGCCCGAGGAAAUUAUAGCCAAAAUCAAAAAACCGCCUCCACUCAUACGUCCGUCCGUGUCGAAAGGAGCUGCCCCACCGGAGGCAAUCAACAUCAUGCGGCAGUGCUGGGCCGAGAGCCCCGAAAUGAGACCGGAUUUCGUAAUGAUUUGCGAACGCUUUAAGCAAUUAAAUCAUGGACGAAAAGUUAACUUUGUUGAUACUAUGUUUCAAAUGUUGGAAAAAUAUUCCAACAACCUGGAGGAGCUGAUUCGGGAGCGAACCGACCAGCUCGAUAUGGAACGCAAAAAGACUGAACAACUGCUGAACCGGAUGCUACCGAGUUCUGUGGCAGAUCGCUUAAAGCUUGGCCUCGCCGUCGAACCGGAGGAAUUCGCCGAGGUUACAAUCUACUUUAGUGAUAUCGUUGGUUUCACAACUAUAGCCGCCCACUGCACCCCAGUCCAAGUGGUGGAUCUGCUGAAUGAUCUGUACACCUGCUUCGACGCUACGAUAAAUGCCUAUAACGUGUACAAGGUGGAAACAAUCGGCGAUGCGUACAUGGUCGUCGGAGGGCUACCCGUUCGAACUCCGGACCAUGCCGAACAAAUCGCUACCAUGGCCCUGGACCUGCUGCAUCAAAGUGGCAACUUCAAGGUACGACAUCUGCCCGGCGUUCCGCUGCAGCUCCGAAUAGGACUGCACACAGGGCCAUGCUGUGCCGGUGUCGUCGGACUGACAAUGCCCCGAUACUGUCUGUUUGGUGACACAGUCAACACGGCGUCUCGCAUGGAAUCAACAGGCUCGUCGUGGCGCAUCCACAUGUCCCAGCAAACGUGCAAUCUGCUGGAGCAGGCUGGUGGCUACGUCAUCGAGCCCCGGGGACCGAUCGAAAUCAAAGGAAAGGGCAAAAUGCACACCUACUGGCUGCUGGGAAAGGUUGGCUUCGACCGGGUACUGCCAACACCACCCCCGAUCGGGGAGUCCCAUGGGUAAGUAUGCGGCAUUCAUAUGUGUUGAAUCUAAGAGUUCUAUUCAUUUCGCGUCCUUUGACUGGGCGAGUAAUAAUCAAAAUCAUUACUGCCUUUCUGGAGGACAAACAUUUACUGUGUAUAGUUGAGGGAUUCUAUGGGAAACCGGCCGACCACAAAAUAUGACCAUCGUCGAUUCGGACGAAACUUUGCAGUUGUGUUCGAUUAAUGAAUCUCCAUGAUUUUCUCUGCCAAUUGCAAUUUUUCAGAAUGGCGUAGGCGAUUCUGCGUGCAUUAAUUUCAAAAAAAUGUUCGAUUGCUGUAUUUUAGUCAGCAUAACUAUAUGAGAAUGAGUAAUUGGAAAUGAGUACUUCUGUAUGAAAAAAAUAUUGUGUCAUUUUUCACAACACCAAAUAUUUGAGGUUAAAAUUAAAAUUGCGAAAAAAAAAUUCUUUAUAUUAUAUUCUACCACCAAAAACCUAAAGAGAAAUGAAACA